AAACACAGCGCACUACACACUAUAUGCAAUGGCGAGCAACGUGUUGGAAUAUGAGGAGGAUAUCCACCUACAGCAGCACCCAACUGAACUUGGCAUCGUCAAACCAUACAUGUUUGAGCUGAUCAGGGGGUCGGAACAGUGACGACGAUGAGCAGCCAAGUAGCAGCUGUACAACAGAAAAAGAGAGCCCCUUGGGUCGAUGUGACGGUAUGUCAAAAGCAUGUCUUUUUAUACAGUCACGGCUUGAAAUAAUGGAACCAAUAUUAUACCAGUGCCAAUAUUUUUUAAUACGACUAUACGUAUAUUCAUAUGUUUCAGUGACACGGCACAAGCUUUUACAUAGUAUACAGUAUUCCUAUAUAUUGUGCCCCUCGCUCCAGUAGCGUUAUACCACGCGCACAGAAAGUCUGUUGGCUUGUCAUAUAGGCAAAAGUACAGACAACAGUACUGGAAAGUACUGCAUAGGUCUUUUUUUUCCUACUCCCGAGUGCAUAGUAACCAUAAUAGAGUGGUAGGUACAUACAAGGAAAUGCUCACCUCUUGUCUGCACCGCUACGCCGCGGCACUGUGGCGGCUGCGAGAUUUAGUUCUCUUGCUGGCGGUUGAGGUCCCGAUGGCCGUAGGAAAAAUAGUUGGUUUCAACUGGUUUCAGCCUCUAUUUCUGUAUCCAAUGCUUUCUGCUAAGUCUUUCCCAAAACACGGCGGUUCGAAGUGAUCAGCACAGAGUUUGGAAUGCUUGCUAUGCACCCAUAGCUGACCACCUUUCUUCCCCUCUCAAUUGACUUGCCCGAUCCACUGGUCAUGUAUUCCUUUUUCACUUGGAAAGCCCAAAAUAACUCUUGCCACUUCCUGAACCAUUUGUACAACCAAAUGCCACACAAUAAACCAUUGUUACAUUGCUAAAUCAUACGACAACAAAUAUACAAGGACGGUAACAACAGCUUGGAACAGUAGCACACAGCGCCGAAUGAACAGGUUGUUUCCCUCGUGUGACGUCACAGCGCCGGAUAGAGACGACAGCCCAGCCUCUAACUGCCACUCUUGCUCACAUUUACGCACACACAGUUGCCUUAAUGACCCCCACACAAUCGGAAACCACAGCAGUCGAAUAAUAUGCAGGGUUGCUACAGUCAAUAUACUCUAUCUAUCUAUCUAUCUAUCUAUCUAUCUAUCUAUCUGUCUAUCGUCUGGAGAAGCCCAUCCAUUUUCUACACCGCUUAUCCUUACUAGGGUCACGGGUAUGCUGGAGCCUAUCCCAGCUAACUGCGGGCGAGAGGCGGGGCACACCCCGAACCGGUCACCAGCCAAUCACAGGGCACAUAUAAACAAACAAUCAUUCACAUUCACACCUAUGGACAAUUUGGAGUCGCCAAUUAACCUACCAUGCAUGUUUUUGGGAUUUGGGAGGAAACUGGAGUACCCGGAGAAAACCCACGCAGGCACGGGGAGAACAUGCAAACUCCACACAGGCGAGGCCUGGUCGUGAAAACUGUGAGGCGGAUGUGAUAACCAGUCAUUCACCAUGCCGCUGUCUGGAGAAGUAUACUUGAGAAUGGUGUGCUUGUUUAUAUGUUUAGGUAACUGUUGCAACACUGCGCCAAACACAAAUACCACCCGGCCUCCCACUGCAUUGACAACUUCAAUGAAGCAGAAGUCGACUCUCAGCGAUGCCCAGCACAGUAUUGUGCGGUGGAGGCCGACUGGUCCGUUGUCAGACCCUUGGUCGGCAAAUGUUAGCUGUUCUGAAGGUGGGCAGAGGCAGAACCUUUUCUGCUGCAAAUCCAGAUGAACCUUACAUAACUGUAUCACAUACGGACUCAGGCCCUAGGACUGUGUGGCCCGAUGAGAACAUGGGACCGUUCGGACCUCAGGACCAACGCUUCCAGUUGCCAGGUAAUGUCGGAUUUGACAGCCAUCUGGACGGCGUGGAAGAAAAGAAAUCUCCAGUCGACAAAACUGUCCCUGAUGUACUAACGGCCCCGUGUAGUGCUGAGAGACAACAGUUCAUCCUAGCCCAGUUUGUUCAUGAGUUUCAGGGAAAACUGGGCCCCAUAUCCAAGCGAGUCCACAAAGCUGAGCAGUACUUCAAUCAAACAUAUGCAGACUGCUCCAUAAGUUCCUGUCCUGAGCUGUUAAGGAAAGAUUUGGAGCUCUUGUUCCCGACAGUGCCCAACACUUCCAUCACAGUUGUGACGGUCUCGCCGAGGAGCGGUCGCUGCAAGGAGGCGGAGCCAGACAGAGAGCAGCUCCUCAGCCAAUUUGUGAGUGGUGCAAAGGAGAUGUGUUUCGCUCUGUGGACUGCAGGCUACUGGGCCGACUUUAUCAAUCCGACAACAGGAGAAGCUUUCUUUGCAUCCCCGCUUAGUUCAAGUGCAGAACAAACGGGGGAAGAGCCACGGCAUUCUGGCUUCUGUAUCGAGAUGUCGGGCUCCUGCACGGUUAUCCGACACAUUCUGAGAGGAACACCUCUGUUUGUGGGGACUGUUUUCACCAGUGCACCAACCCACAGCGGUGUCAUCACACGACUACAAGGACUCUCGCAUGAAUUGGAUGACGAGGUUGAAUAGUUUUCAUGGUGCUCCAACUCAAUCCAAUGUUGUGGAAAGGCUUUGACGUAAAGCGCGAGUGUGGUUUUUAUUUGUCUGCGUAAAGUGAGCGUACCACACUGCAACCGAAAAAGUGGACAAGAGGUAGCCAUGUGCUGGCCCUGGAACCGCCCUGCACGGGAUCCUCACAGCUGUGCUGUGACUGCUUGCCUUUGAGGAGUCAUCAUCAGGGGGUUUUAGCAGGCAGGGUGUCACUUAUCAAGGUUAGCGUCGGCUCUAAUUGUUAGCAGUUUUCAAAGUGUGAUCUCACAAAGUAUUCAUGGAUACAGCUGCUGAACCAAUAAAGUGACCUCUACUCAG